GCAAAAUAUAUAAAAUUAAAUAAACUUCGUAGUAUGAACGUCAGAUGUCAUUUUAAUCCAACGAAUCCUAACCUUACAAAUUCAUAAUGUUACACAUGUGAAUUGUAAUAUAUAUAUUUACAAAAAUGAUUGAAUGUUUGGAGAAAAUAACGUGUGUCGAAGACAUAUUAAAUUCAAACAAAGAAUCAGCGGAGAAUAAAAGUGAAACAAAUGGCAAACACGAGGAUAAAAGUAAUCGGAAAAGGAACAAUAAAGUAGAUGGUAAAGACAUUACUAAAAAUAUAAUACCAAGAGGUAAACCAAAGUCUGGAAGAGUUUGGAAAGAACCGAAGAAAAAAUUUUCAUCGAUCAUAAAAACACGAGGUAUUAGAAUAUCGACAGAGAAGAAGCAUAAAUUGAGAGCAGAUUUAAAGAGAGUUAAAGAAUUGUCUAAUGACAUAAAAGCUAAAAGGGAAGCGGAGAAACAGGCAAAGAAGGAAAGGAGAAGGGAAAAUUUGAAACGUGCGGAGGAAAACAGGAUAAAGAGCGACGUAGUUCAAGUUAUACAGAAUUCAGCGAAAAUAAAGAGAAUGAAGAAGAAACAGUUACGAAUGAUUGAAAAACGAGAUACUCUAAAGACUUAAGGAAAAUUGUGUAUAUUUAAGAUAUAUUAUUAAUGUUUCGCAAUUAUAGAAAAUUGUAUAAAUAUUUUGGA